AUGCCAUCCGGAAGAACUCGCAUCCCCGAAUCCCACGAAGAAAGAAUCGAUCUCUUCAUUAAGGAACGAGGCAACCUAUUCAUCGACAUGAUACAAUGGCACGAACGCCUCCCAUCAAACCCCACCCCAACCUGCAAGUCCGAACUCGCUAACUGGCUCCGAGAUCUCCGCGAUGACUUCUACCGUUUCUCUGUCCUAAUGUCGCCAUGUGACUGGAGUGAUGAUGGUCUUGCGACUUUUUUGCUGAUAAUUGCUGUUAAUAUUGGACGGCUUCAUUAUGAGAGACUCGAUCUUUAUGCUGGGUUAAGUGAGUUUAUGGUUAAGGUUCAUGAGUUGUCGAAGAGUCUUGAGACGGAGGAACAUGUUCCUAAGCUUGAGGAUGUUUGGAUUGAGAUGACUGAGGUUAUUUUUUGUCGGUGCGAGUAUUGUAUGAAGUUUUAG